GUCUAUCAAUCGUUGGAUAUGGGUGCCUACCGGUAUAUGCAGGAAUUGUACAGGAAGAAGCAAAGUGAUGUUAUGCGCUAUUUGCUUCGCAUCCGUGUUUGGCAGUACCGUCAAUUGACAAAAUUGCAUCGUUCACCCAGACCUACUCGUCCCGAUAAGGCACGUCGUUUAGGAUACCGUGCAAAGCAAGGCUUUGUUAUAUAUAGAAUUCGAGUCCGCCGUGGUGGUCGUAAGCGCCCAGUGCCAAAGGGAUGUACAUAUGGAAAGCCUAAAAGUCAUGGUGUAAACCAACUAAAACCAUAUCGUGGAUUGCAGUCUAUUGCUGAAGAGCGUGUCGGUCGGAGGCUUGGUGGCUUGCGCGUACUAAAUUCUUACUGGGUAGCACAGGACGCUUCCUACAAAUACUUUGAAGUUAUUUUAGUAGAUAUUCAUCAUAAUGCAAUUUGUCGUGACCCCAAAGUAAAUUGGAUUUGUAAGCAUGUGCAUAAGCACCGCGAACUUCGUGGGUUAACCUCUGCUGGUAAAAGCUCGCGUGGAAUCGGAAAAGGAUAUAGAUAUUCGCAAACUAUUGGUGGAUCUAGACGUGCAGCCUGGAAACGGAAAAAUCGCGAACACAUGCAUCGAAAGCGUUAAAAAGAAAUUCGUUUCAGAGAAAACAUUACAAAUACAUGCUAAAAACUGUAUACGCAUAUA